AUGGGAAACAAGUCUUCAGCCAAAUCGGGUCCGCUAUAUAUCACCGAUCGGUGGCCAGCGGUUGAGCCCUCGCUAUCGACGACCAAACAGUGGUCACAGCCGUCGAUAUUUACCGCCAUUGACCGCAAAGACCCGCAACGCGUGCGACAACUGAUCCAAAGCGGACACAAUGUGAACAAACGGGACGGCAAUGGACUGACAGCUCUUCAUUUGGCGGCCAUUAAUGGCGAUGAAGAGUGUGUCCGAGUGUUGCUGUCGUCGGGAGCGCUGAUCCAGUUGUGUCCACUCAAACAGACAGCCCUCCACUUCGCCGCCCAAAACGGCACCCAAACAAUGGUCGACGUGUUGUUGGACUUCGGAUGUGUCCUCAACAGCAAAGACUCGAUGGGAUCGACACCUCUGGCCAGCGCUGUCGAGAUGAACAAUACGGACACUGCGGUCGCACUCUUGAGACGGGGCGCCACUCUUGAGCCCAUCGUUUGUGUGGCAGCCCUUCAGUACGGGUUUGUCGAUCUGUUCCGCUGUCUUCUCAACUUCAGGCCCGCUAUCGUCGACGCCAUCGAUUUGAACGCAGAGUUUCGCUUCACUCGAGUCACAGCUAUUGGUCUGAAGAUCUUAUACUUCGCCGGCUUUGCCAUCGACGGCACACUUGUCUCGCGUAUCAAACCUCUGGAUUGGAGUGACUUCUGUCUGACCGGACGAAUACGUCUUCCGCCCCAUCACUACAGUCGCGACAAAGACUUUGAAGCGUACGACCGGUUUGUUGAUUGGAUGGACGCCAGGGAUCAAGUGAUGUCAUUGAAGUGUAUGUCGCGGAUCGCCUUCAGGAGGGCCUGCAGUGAGACCUCCGUUGUUUGGUCACUGACGGGCGCCGAAGCCCUACCACCCGAUGGAUAUCUGUUCAAUCUGUUGGUCGUAUUCACAUUGUCUGUGAUUUUUGGCCAAAUAAUAUCGAUGGCUGGACUGCCGGCCCUCUUAGGGAUGCUUAUCAUUGGAUUCCUAUUGGGAAACACUUUGGAUCUGAAUCUGAACAAGAAGUUGUCGUCAGUGUUGCGGUCAUUAGCUCUGGUCAUAAUCCUAUUGCGCGCUGGACUCCAAUUGGAUCCCAAAGCCAUCAUCAAGUUAUCGGCCGUUUGUUUUCGGCUCUCAUUCAUGCCAUGUCUGGUCGAAGCCUUCACUGUCGCCGUUGUCUCCCAUUUCUUACUAGACUUCCCGUUCGUAUGGGGAGUAAUGUUAGGCUUCGUGUUGGCGGCCGUUUCCCCGGCAGUUGUCGUUCCCGGACUCAUAAGUCUUCAGGAAAAGGGCUACGGAGUGGACAAAGGAGUGCCAACUCUGGUGAUAGCGGCGGCCAGUGUUGACGACGUUCUGGCCAUCACUGGCUUUGGUCUGUGUCUGGGACUCGUGUUUGACACCAAAUCCAUGCUCUUAUGGAGUGUAUUGAAAGGACCGGCGGAAGCGUUCGCAGGCAUUGUCUACGGGAUAGUUAUGGGACUUAUUCUGUGGUACUUUCCACACAAACAAGAGUCACAAUCACAACGAAUUUCAAUACUAUUAUUGUCGGCGAUAUUCGCACUGUUUGGCAGUAUUGGUGCCAAUAUGGGUGGCGCCGGACCCCUGGCCUGUCUGGUCGUGUCGUUUGUGGCGGCGCUUAAGUGGCGUCAAAACCAGUCUAUGAAUGAAGAAAUACAGAGCGUAUUGAAGACAUUUUGGCUAAUAUUUCAGCCCUUUUUGUUCGCAUUGAUUGGCACUGAAGUGAAACUGUCGGACAUGAGGGCCGAUGCCAUCGGUUUGGCGUUAAUAACGUUAGCAAUCGGUUUGACAUUUAGGACAAUAACUGCUAUGUCUGUAGUAUUUGGCGCUAAAUUCACGCUUAAAGAGAAAGUAUUCAUCGGCUUCUCAUGGCUGCCAAAAGCUACAGUCCAGGCGGCCAUCGGACCCAUCGCUCUCGAUAUGGCCCGCGACAGAGCUGAUCCCAAACACAUCCAAAUGGCAACACUUGUGCUCACAAUAGCCGUCCUAUCAAUUGUAAUGACAGCACCGAUCGGUGCCAUCGCUAUCGCACUAAUGGGUCCCAAAUGUCUCAACAAAUCUAAUGCCAAGAAUGAGAUUGUUUUGGCAGAUAAUGAACCACAGAGUGAUGUAUUACUUAACCAACCGUUGACUGAACUAACCGUCUCUUAG